UCUCGCGGCGCACCUCGGGAAGGAGCCACGCCAUGCAGCUCCAGCUGACGCCGAUGCUGCUGCUGCUGCUGCUGCUGGCCGCCGGGCCGGCGCGGGGCGCUGCACCGGAGGUCAGCCUCACGCAGGGCAAGCUGGUCGGCCGGAUCGACAGCAGCGCCGCCGGCCAGCCCUUCCACUCAUUCCAGGGAAUCCCGUACGCCCUACCACCGGUCGGCGAGCUACGCUUCAAGCGCACAGCUCCUGCCGAGGGCUGGACGGGGACCCGGGACGCCACGGCUCCCGGCAACAUGUGUCCCCAGUUCUUCUUGGGCCAGUACCAGGGCGACGAAGACUGCCUCUUCCUCAACGUCUACACUCCUAAGCUCCCGAGUGAGGCGGAGCGGCCGCUGGACGUCAUGGUGUGGAUCCACGGCGGCGCCUUCCUCUUCGGCUCCGGCAACCCUGACCAGUACGGGCCCGGCUACUUCAUGGACGAGAACGUCGUUCUUGUCACGCUCAACUACCGGCUCGGGGCGCUUGGCUUCCUCAGCACCGACGACGACGAGGCCUGGGGCAACUACGGCCUGUACGACCAGAACAUGGCGCUGCUGUGGGUGCAGCAGAACAUCGCCGCGUUCGGCGGUGAUCCCGGCCGCGUCACCAUCUUCGGCGAGAGUGCCGGCGGUACCUCCGUCCACUACCAGAUCAUAUCGCCGCUCUCCCGCGGCCUGUUCGGCCGCGCCAUCUCGCAGUCGGCCACGGCACUGGUGUACUGGGCGAACGGGGUGGACCAGCGCCACGUGGCCGAGCGGCAGGCGGCGGUGCUCGACUGCCCUACCGACACAAGUCGCCAGCUGGUCGACUGUCUGCGCGCCAUCCCGGCCAAGGAGAUCAUCAUGUCGGGUGACAAGGCGUUCAAGCUCUGGUCCAUCUAUCCGGCCACGUUCACAUUCCGGCCGAACGUCGAGCCGGGCGUGGAGGGCGCCUUCCUGCCGGACGACCCGCGCACGCUGCUCGACGCCGCCGACUUCAGCGCCGUGCCCUGGAUCGCCGGCGUCAAUCACGACGAGGGCGGCACGUUCGCCAACUUUCAUCUCCUGAAUGCCUCGGCGCUGGAAGAGCUGCGGAACAAGCCUGAUGAGAUGGGGCCGCUCUGGCUGGGGAUGCAGAACACAGCCAAGGAUCCGGCCGACAUCUACCGGCGAAUCAAGAACUUCUACUUUGGCGAUCAGGAGCCAGGCCUCACCACUGCGCAUCAAUUCAACAAAGUGGAGGGUGACCGAUACUUUCUGACGGGCGUGGACGCAGCCGUACGGGCCCACGCCCGGGCCAACCUGGCGCCCGUCUACAAGUACGUCAUCGAACAGGCGCCCAGUAUCGCGUUUCCAGGCAUGCUGGCCGGAUCUUUUGGCAACAAGGAGCUGCAGCACUUUCCCUGGGGCACGUGCCACUUCGACGAUAUCCGGUUCCUGUUCACGGGCGAACUGUUCCCGGAUGAUCCCACCGACAAGAAGUUUGCGCGAGCGCUGACCAACAUCUGGGCCAACUUCGCCAAGACGGGCCGGCCGACUACCAACCUGGUGGAUCUGCCAGAGUGGGAGCCGUACAGCGAGGCCCGCCAAAACCACAUGCGCCUCUCGCUGACGCCAGCCGUCGGCGCUGCCGCCUUCCAGGAGCGCGUUCAGUUCUGGCACGGCCUGGAGCUGGAGGAAGGCUGGAGGGCGCCGCGCACACUCCGCGUCCGGGAAGGGGGUGCCACCGGAGCGGCGCGCGACGAGCUCUAGGCGGCGCCAGUUCCGGCGGCGAUACGGCUUUGGAGGGGAGCGCCAGGUCCCGGAGGACCAGAGCGGCGGGACGACUCGAAACAGGCCGGAGCGAGCUGAACAGUUGGGAAAUGGCACAUGCAGAAGGCCUCAGUCCCCUGUUUAGGUGUGUACAUACCUUAUAGCUCCGAAUGCUCAGUAGUGGUGACGGGACUGUCUGCAUCACAGCUCAGUGCACUAGGCAUACCUCAUUUUACCUCGUAGGAAGAACGUUUUCCGCACGCAAGUGUCGAAGAGCAGACGCCGACUCUGGUACGUCUCUGCUGCUAUUAUAUGCCGUUGUUUGCCUUCAUCCGUUAUGCUGAUCUUGUGCAUAAUGCUACAUGAAUGGUACCGCGCACCGUUUCAAAAUGCAGUUGGGAUCGCUGCCAUUCUGCUGCUCAAGUAGCAUGCCGUCUCAUGGAUAUAUUGUAUGGAUGAUUCUUGGGGGUUGUUAUCAAUUAACGGAUGGGUUUUAUAUAUUUUGCGUAGCAUUUCGUGCAGUUUUAUUCGCUAGGCAGAGAUUGGUGUCUCCCCAUAACUUUUGUUCAAAGUGCGUCAUUCUUUAAGAAGUGCCUACUCUGGAUGAAUAAAAAUGGUUCGUCACAA